CCCCUAAAAUCCCAACUAUAUAGUCCCCAACCAUUAGUUAAGCCUUUCCUCCUCUCUAGCCUCUUCUUCAUCAGUUCCUCAGUUUUCCCACGCUUGAAAAACUUCACAUGCUUUCAUACUCGCCGCCCAAACCAGUAGUACUCCUCUCAUUCAAAAUAACCCGUUUCGGCCCAUCUCAGCAAUGAAACAUGGGCUUUCUCCGGCGACUCUUUGGCCCAAAAAGGCCCACCACUUCGCCGCCGGUUAAGGAAAAGAAGAGGUGGGGUUUUUCCAAAGACAAGACUAACAAACAAUCCAAUCCCUGGCCAACCAAGCUCAACACCUCCUCCACCUACGACCCUCCCUCCUCAGCCGCUGCCUUAGACGCAAACAAGCACGCCAUAGCGGUAGCCGCCGCCACUGCAGCCGUAGCCGAAGCAGCUCUAGCCGCAGCUCAUGCAGCCGCCGAGGUUGUCCGUCUUACCAAUAACGGUAGCGCCGGAACCUCUACCACCGCGGCCCAUGUUAGCCGAACUCGUUACUUUGCUGCCGUUAAAAUUCAAUCGGCAUUUCGAGGAUAUCUGGCAAGAAGAGCCUUGAGGGCACUGAAAGCACUUGUGAAGCUUCAAGCAUUGGUCAGAGGCCACAUAGUGAGAAAACAAACAGCUGACAUGCUUAAUCGGAUGCAGACACUCGUGCGAGUCCAAGCCCGCGUACGUGCGAUUCGCACGAAUGGGUCGGAAUCUUUAAAUUCUUCCAGCAAAUUCUUAUUGCCACCAAUCCCUUUAAAUUCUGAUAGAAAUGGAUUUCAACAACGUACUUAUAGUAACAAAUAUGAUGGCCCCUCAAUCCUUAAGAGGUGUGGUUCAAAUUCAAACUUCAGGGAUGUGAUGAACAUUGAGAAAAAUCAAACAGGAUCAAACUGGUUAGACCGUUGGAUGGAGGAAAGCAUUUGGAACAGUUGCCAAAGCUCUUCAAUGAGAUAUGGUCACACCGACGACGAAAAAAGCGACAAGAUUCUAGAAGUAGAUACUUGGAAGCCUCGCAUGGAUACUCAACGUAGUAGUUUACGGAAUUUUCAAAUGCCACGCCAUGUUUUGGCCUCAGACUAUCAAAACCGGAGCUUUACUCCAUUGGAUUCCCCAUCAAAACAAAUGAUAAAACUUCCAGUUUCGGUUCCAAAUCAAUCUUCCAUUGAUGCACUGUCAUUUGGCAAUUUGAAAAAUCCAAUAGUGAAAGACGAAGCAACUGUUAAGACAACAAGGAACAGUCCUCAAGCCUUUUCUGCCUCGUCUAGACAUGGAAGCAGCAGCGCUAGGAGAGGUGGACCCUUUUCGCCUGCAAAGAGCGAGCACUCGUGGGGUUACUUCAGUGGCUACUCUAGCCAUCCUAACUACAUGGCUAACACGGAAUCCUCCCGCGCUAAGCUUCGGUCACAGAGUGCCCCAAGGCAGAGGCUUGAAUUCGAGAAAUAUGGAGCUACCAAAAGAUCCAGUCAAAGAUUUUGGGAUGGAUGGACAUAUUCAGAUUCAAAUGCUGUCCAGGAUUCUGAUUUCAGGAGCAGUGCUUAUCCUUCUUUUAACCCUUUGGGUAGAGAUGGGAGUGCUACUUUAAGAUAAUAGUUUUUUUUUUUCAGUGUGAGGAAGCAUGACUUGGAGUUUAUCCAAAAUGCUGAAUCUUCAAACUUUGUUCUUACAAUAUGAACAUCGAUAGUGUGGAUAGUUAAAUUAAGUGUUCAUUUAUUUGACAUGGUUUGGAUGUGAGCUCAGUUUUGUGAUAUUUGUGUUGUGUUCCGAAGUGUUACAAAACUACAAAUUUUAUGCAAGUCUUAUUGCUUGUAAUCAAGAUUUCAUCAUGUAUAUAUUCCCCAAGGACACUGUCUCAGCUGGGAAUAUGGCUGAAUGACCUUCUUGUUCGUCCUUUUUAUACUAUCAACUUUUUUCUCA